AUGUCACAAGCAGCAUCAGGUGGUGGCGGUCGACCCAUGGGAAAACCAAUGCGUUCGGGCGAAGGCAACAUUCCCUUUUCCAAGAUGGUGUUUGACGGCAAGCGUAUGCGUAAAGCAAUCCAGCGACGUACGGUCGACUACAAUCACAGCUUGACACGUUGGAUGCAGGAUCGUGUAUGGAUUCGAGAUCGAAGGGAUAUUGUGUUUCUCAGGCCAGACGCCAAUUUCAUUGUGGAAUUGAUGCCACCUGCUGCCUAUCUCGACAAUCCUAUCAAUGCCGUCACAACCAAGUUUAUUCACACAUCUACCAACAAGAUAAGAUAUCCUGUCAAUGUUGUUCGGUGGACACCCGAAGGUCGACGUCUUAUCACAGGAUCCUCAAGUGGUGAAUUUACAUUAUGGAAUGGCCUUACCUUCAAUUUCGAGACGAUCCUUCAGGCACAUGAUUCGGCAGUGCGUGCAAUGAAUUGGUCUCACAAUGACAAUUGGAUGGUGACUGGUGAUCAUAGCGGCAUUAUCAAAUAUUGGCAAUCAAACAUGAGCAAUCUGAAAAUGUUCCAGGCACACAAGGAAGCUAUUCGUGAUCUCACAUUUGCACCAUCCGAUACCCGAUUUGCCACAUGCUCAGACGACUCAUUGAUCAAGAUAUGGGAUUUCAACACUGGAAAUGAAGAAAGAACGUUGACAGGACAUGGUUGGGACGUCAAGUGUAUUGAUUGGCAUCCAUACAAGGCGUUGAUGGCUUCAGGAAGUAAAGACAACCUCAUCAAGCUUUGGGAUCCGAAGACGGCCAAGAAUAUCACAACAUUACACGGGCACAAGAAUACAGUAUUAGCAAUUCAAUGGAAUCAAAAUGGAAAUUGGCUUGUAUCUGCUGGCAGAGAUCAACUCGUACGUGUUUAUGAUAUCCGGAUGAUGAAGGAGCUUCAGGUGUUUAGAGGUCACAAACGAGAAGUGUGCUCUGCAAAAUGGCAUCCUCAACAUGAGCGGUUAUUGGCAACUGGUGGUUCUGAUGGAUCAAUGAUGUUUUGGCUUACUGGUCAAGAUGGGCCGGUGGGUGAACAAGAAACAGCCCAUGAUUCCAACAUUUGGUCUUUAGACUGGCAUCCUGUGGGUCAUAUUCUUGUAUCUGGUUCUAAUGAUCACACAACACGAUUCUGGACACGACCACGACCUGGUGAGACGAAUGUGGAUAAGUUUGAUGCAAGCCAACACGCGGCUGAAGAAGCAAGUCGAGAAGAGGAAUCCACACGUUCAUUUGAACCACCACCUUUCAGACCCAACAAUGCACCACCAACAAAGGCUAACGAGCCACCACCAUUUCGACCAAUCAAUGUACCUCGUCCUGGUAGCAAUAGCAACAAAAAUGAACCUCCCAUGUUUCGUCCUCCCAACAUGCCAUUACCACCACCACCUUUUCGACCUGUUAGCAGUAGUGGCGGCAAUAGUGGGUUACCAGCUCAAGUACCAUCAUCCCCUGGAUCAAAUCCUAUGCCACCAGCACAUCAUCAUCCACCACCCAUGCGUCCUGGUAUGAAUAAUGGACCACCACCACCGCCACCAUUCCGUCCAAUGCCACCCAUGCCACCAGAUCAUUUUAGACAACAGCAACAUAUGCGAAGAGGUGAUCCUCGACAAUCCAAAGACCAUCCACAACAGCAACAACAACGUUCACCUAUGUCACAUCCACCUAUGCCACCUCAUUUCCGUCCGCCUCCUUUUCGACCUGGAGCUAAUAAUGUCAACACACAACAGCCACCACCACCACCGCCUUUUAGAAACAAUGGUCCACAACCAAAUGGUCCACCACCAUUUCGACGCCAAGGAGGUCCACCCAAUUUAGGUGAUAGAGGAGGUGGAGGAGGAGGUCCCAUGCAACAACAACAGUAUGGUUCAGGUAGACAACAUCAUCCAUAUCAAAAUCGAGGUCCACGACGACAUGAACGAGGAGGCAGUGGAGGAGGAGGAGGAGGAGGUGGUGGUGGUGGAGGAUCACGCCAUCGAAGAUAUUAG